GUUUUACCUAUGCAAACAAUUAUUAUGUGUGAGUUUUUUCGGAAAAUCUUCUGUGUUUGAAGAAAAAAAUGAGCUGAUUCUCUUCAUGUGAACGACACGUGAGCAACCUCCUUUUCAAAACAAUGGCAGCUAAGGACACAGGGAGAUACAAAAAAGAAGAAACAAGAACAGGAAAAGAAGACAGGAAGGACUUCCUGAAAAUAAGCCUUGAUAUUGGGACAACAUUCUCUACUUGGUGUUACUGUUUUGAUCAUGACUAUAACAGACACCAAAAUAGCGUACGAGCAAAGAACUGGCAGUCAGAAAACCGAGUCUCUGAAAAAGCCCCGACAGCCGUGCUGAUCGAACCGUGCGGCAAAAAGUUCCAUAGUUUUGGAUACUCCGCUCAGAGGAAAUACGCAGAAUUAUGUGAAAAAAAUGUGAACAAAGCUACGGAAUGGUUCUUCUUUUAUAGAUUCAAAAUGAAUCUUCACCGUCGGACAUCAAUACAAGACGAUGAAAAGUUGGAGGAUAUUUCGGGGAAGACUCUUAAUGCAAAAUAUGUCUUUACAAAGGCCAUAUGGUAUUUAAAGAACGAUGCAAUAGAAUCUAUUCGAAAGGGAACUUUGAUUCCAUCUAUUGAAUCAUACAUUCAGUGGAUUUUGACUGUGCCGGCGAUUUGGACGGACACAGCAAAAAGUUUCAUGAAGUCGGCAGCAAGAGAGGCUGGUAUACCACCAGAACGUUUGGAAAUAGUAAUUGAACCAGAAACCGCUGCAGUAUAUUGUCGGAAUUUGCCGAUAGAUGGACAUGAAGGCGAUUGUCUCAAGCACAUGCAAAGAGGAUCAGCAUAUGCUGUUUUAGAUGCCGGUGGUGGUACGGUCGACAUGACUGUACAUGAAAUAAUAGAUGCAGACAGUGUGCAUGAAAUACACAAGGCAUGUGGUGGUGAUUGGGGUGGAACAAGAGUUGAUGAAGCAAUCGAGGAAUUCAUUGAAGACAUAUUCGGUAGAGGCAUUCUUAAAGAGUUGAAAGAAAAGAGCAUGGAAGAAUAUUUAGACCUGUGUGAAAUAAUCGAACUGAAGAAGAGAGAGAUUUCUUCAAGCAAAACAAUAACCAUUAUAAUUGGAUACGCGUUGCGACAACUGAGCAAAUCAAAAUCAGGACGAUCCCUUGAAGAAGCUGUUGCUAAUUCUAAGUAUGAAGGCAAAGUCAUUGCACAUAAUGACAAGCUUAGAGUAGAUCCCAGUGUCACAGUAUCUUGGUUCGACUAUUCUGUUAAAAGCACUGUAGCACAGCUGUCUGAAAUGCUCGGGAAGACUGCGAUGUCAAACUGUAGUGUCAUUCUCAUGGUCGGUGGACUUUCUCAAUCAAUCGUGCUUCAAAACGCAGUGAAGAAAACGUUUACAGAUAAAAAGGUAGUUAUUCCACCAGAGGCAGAGUUAUCCGUCUCUAAGGGGGCUGUGCAAUUCGCAUACAAUCCUUUGUUUGUAAAAUCACGAAUUGUGAAAUAUACGUAUGGCACUGAUAUCACACACAAAUACAUUAAAUCAUGCUCUCACAAAGUUGGUCUCCGAGAGUUAGACAAAAACGGUGAUAUGAGAUGCUAUGACAAUUUCGUUCUGAUCGUUAAAGAAGGUACAUCAGUACCCGUCGAUGAUGUGGUUGAUGGGUCCUUGUUUGGUCCAAUUGUGAAAACGCAGAAUUCAAUUAGGUCCGAAAUAUUUAUAUCAACAUCUCCGGAUACUGAACUCACAACAGAUAGCUCAUGUACAAAAAUUGGUCAAGUCACAUUCAAAAUCCGCGAGGAAGACUUCGAAAAAGGAUGCAUUUACAAACAUAUUUAUAAAUUUGGUGGGACGGAAAUCAAAAUUACAACAAUGAACACAGAAUUGGAUGAAGAGAUGGGGGAAGAAACGGAAGUUGAAUUCAAGGGAUAAAAUUUUCAAGACGGUAUAACCUCGAACGACGGAACUAUUUAUAGAAAGUGUUUUUCAGAUGACUCGUUCAUUUACAUUUGUCUAAAAUACCAUGAUUUUAUUCCAUGAGCAGGGAGGUGCAUGUUUCAUAUAGGGAUUUUCCAUGUAUUUUACUUAAGCGGAUUUUUCUAUUUUUGAAUAUGUUGUGUUAAUCCUUGUACUGCUUGAAUUAAACAGUCCGGAAAUCUGUUAGUUUGAGUUUAUUGAUAGAAAACCAAUUUGUUUAAUUCAUCUUUUUAAAAUAGUUGAUGUUCAAAUUGAUUACAUUAUAAAGUAAACAUAUUCUGUAAUCUAAUGCGUCGUUCAUAGAUAAUAAAUAAGAAGUCAAUUCAGAAUGUAUGUCACCUGCUUGAUUUUCUCAUUUAUAAAGCUUAUUUCCAUGAAUAAGCCAUAACAGAAUAUUUCUUACGCCGUGUGUAUAUCGUGUGCUUUUACUCAUACGUUCAUUAAUAUGGUGAACAAAUGCCGAGCCCAAGCCGGUCAAAAUGGCUUAAUACGGCGUAAAUUGGACCAAAACCCCUACCAUUUCGAUAUAUAUAUAACAGCAUUUGUAUUAUUAUCAUUAUACCUUGAAUAUGAAGUUUCGGAGCUGGCCAUAACUAAUGCUGAUAAAACUCGAGGGUCAAUCCCAUUGCAUGUUAAAUUGUGAAUACAUGUUUCAAAUAUUGUGUUUAUCAAAGUAUACAAUUCAUUUAUUUCUUCAUUACUAUACUUGUUUGCAAGCGAUACAUUAUUAUUAAAUCAAUAUGUAUGUUUUUGCCAUACAAAGUAACCAUACGCAUGUACAAUUCCUUGCUAUUACAUAUAUUAUUUAAUUACUCUUACAUCCGGCAAUAUGAACUUUCGCUUAUUAUUCACCAUCGGCACACCAGCUCGUGUGCCAAAGUGAACAAUAAGACAACUCCAUUUAAAACGCACCCACUGUAACGGUAACAGUCGUAUAUAUGCCAAGCAACGUCGUCAGCAACGAUACAAAAUUGCUUACGUCGAACAGAGUCUUUUAUUUUUAUGCUCAGUACACAUUAAAGGUCAUUCAUCGUUUUUAUGAACAUUUUCAAUCUAAUAUUCAAAAAAACCAACACAAUUAAGAUGAAACAAAAUGUUACUUGAAGCUUAACAGACAAGCCAAUUCAUGAAGGUGUAAAUACUUUCUUGUUACUCUCAUGUUGAUGGUAUAGAAUUUAUUAACAAUAAUUGUAUUUCGUAAUCUUCUCAUUUCAUCAAUACAUCGAUCUGUCAUUUGAAAGUUGCUUCAAAUG